AUGAUGUCCAUUUCGAAAAUGCACAAGCGGCUCCAGGCACUGGAAAUAUCCGAUGACGAUUUGGACUCGAUCCUCGACCGCGGAGAGACGGCGAGGCGUGAGAAUCGCUUCGUGUUCGAAACUGCCUGGGAAGUUGCCAACAAAGGUAAUAGAGCGGGCACAGGUGCCCAUAUUAUCUUCUUAGUUAUUGAUCUGCAGGCGUUUACGUUGCUGUCCCUUUUCUUUUCAGUUGGUGGCAUCUACACCGUACUUCGUACGAAGGCGGCGAUGACCACGGAAGAACUUGGCGACCAGUACUGCAUGAUUGGACCGUACAACGAAGACACGGUCAAGUUGGAGGUGGAGGUACUCGAGUCGGAGUCAUUCGCGCUGAAAGGCGCUUUGGACGUGUUGCGCGAGCAGGGUGUUAAGGUGUUUUUCGGUCGUUGGCUUAUCGACGGAUAUCCUAAAGUUCUUCUGUUCGAUAUCGGUUCGGCUGCGUGGCGACUGGACAACUGGAAAAAAGAGUUUUGGGAUGCCUGCCACAUUGGCAUCCCUUGGCAUGAUCACGAGGCGAACGAUGCUAUUAUAUUAGGCUUUCUAGUGGUGUGGUUUCUGCAAGAGUUUCUCGAACGUGUUGAGAAACCAUUGGUGGUUGCUCAUUUUCAUGAAUGGAUGGCCGGCGUCGGUUUGAUUAUGCUUCGUUGUCGAAAAGUUGACGUUGCAACCGUGUUUACGACGCACGCGACAUUACUCGGGCGGUACGUGUGUGCCGGCAACGUCGACUUCUAUAACAACUUGGAUAAGCUGGACCUGGACAAGGAAGCCGGCGACCGCGGCAUUUACCAUCGCUACUGUCUCGAACGAGCGGCUGCUCAUGCAGCCCACGUUUUCACAACCGUUUCGCAGAUCACCGGCGUCGAGGCGGAGCAUCUGUUGAAACGGAAGCCGGACGUGAUCACGCCUAACGGGUUGAACAACCUACAUGCGUUGGCGAAGGAGAAGAUCAACGAUUUCGUCCGCGGCCACUUCCACGGACAUUUCAAUUUUGACCUGGACAAGACGAUUUACUUCUUUACCGCUGGUCGUUACGAGUUCAGCAACAAGGGCGGUGAUCUGUUCAUCGAAGCACUUGCGAGGUUGAACCAUUAUCUUAAGACCAGCACAGAUUCGCGGACAAAAGACGUCACAGUCAUUGCGUUCGUUAUCUAUCCGGCCAGAGCCAACAGUUUCAAUGUCGAGUCACUUAAAGGCCAAGCCGUCUGCAAGCAGCUCCGUGAAACCGUUUGUAGAAUUAAGGACAACAUGGGAUCCCGAUUGUUCGAAAUGGCUUUAAGAGGAAACAUACCGUCUUUGGAAGACCUUCUUCUGCCGGCAGAGCGAGUACAGCUGAAACGAUGUAUACUUGCUGGACGGCGCGAUAGUUUGCCUCCAAUAUGUACUCACAACAUGGCGGACGAUUCCAAUGACCCGGUGCUGAAGCACUUGCGACGAACGCAUCUUUUCAACGCUGACGAUGACCGCGUGAAGGUUGUGUUCCAUCCGGAAUUCCUCUCUUCGGUCAGUCCCCUUAUUGGCUUGGAUUAUGAGGAAUUUGUGCGCGGUUGUCAUUUAGGCGUGUUUCCGUCGUAUUACGAGCCGUGGGGCUAUACACCAGGUGAAUGCACGGUGAUGGGCGUACCGUCCGUGACAACGAACCUCUCCGGUUUUGGUUGUUUUAUUCAGGAACAUGUGGCGGAUCCGAUGAGCUAUGGUAUUUAUAUUGUCGACCGACGGUACAAAAAUGCAGAAGAAUCUGUUUUACAACUUGCUCAAUACAUGUACGAUUUCUGCUGUUUGUCGCGGAGGCAACGUAUUAUCCUACGUAAUCGUACUGAGCGACUGUCAGAGUUGCUGGACUGGAGGAAUUUGGCAUUCUACUAUCGUCAAGCUCGUCAAUUAGCACUUUCCAUAACUCACCCGGAUCGUUGCGCCGAGUUGAAAGCAGAAGCAGCGAGAUUCCGGUAUCCUCGACCACUCUCUGAACCGCCGACACCAUCAGUGAGUACUCCCGGGUCACCCGCUGAGUCGGACGAAGAAGAUGCCGAAUCAGCCCAAUGGAACAUAUAA